AUGACCAUUAAUGUUACAUUGUCCUGUCAGCUAAACGCGAACCCAUCCCUCCCAUCACCCUCGAGCCCCUCCUUUCUUUAUCCGUCAUCGAUCUCACUCCCUCACCUCCGUCCAUCUCCCGCCGCCGUCGCCGAAACGAGCUUCGAAGCCUCCGUCGUUAUCGUGCAGCUCUGUUCCACCACCGUCCAUCUCAUUCACCAGCUUCAGCCCGCCGCCAUUAUAUUUUCUGAUGCUCGUCCUGACACUAGGUGGGUUGGAAUGAACUUGGUCUUGUUGCCUCUACUUGUUGGUCUAUUUACAACUCCACUCACUCCAAUUGGUGGCAUUUACAAUGAUCCUCGAUAUGCGGCCGAGGGAGAUCCGGCUGGUCAUGAGUGGAUACCUGCCCUCUGUGAUGUCUCAAUCAGACCUGGUUGGUUUUGCCAUCUUUCAGAACUUCCAAAGUUUGCAAUCAAUCUGCUUGAAAUAUACUAUAAGUCGGUUGGUCGAAAUUGUCACUUGCUACUCAAUGUGCCUCCAAACUCGUCGGGUCUCAUUUCACCCGAGGAUAUCCAAGUUCUUCAAGAGUUCACUGAACUCAGAAGAUCCAUAUUCUCCAACAAUUUCGCUAUAAAUGUGCUUCUUCAGAAGAUCCAUAUUGUAUUUUCUUUGCAAACAUUUUUGUUCAGAUUAUUGUAGGCUUUCUAGAGAUUUGAAACAAGUUCAAAGUAUUUCAUGAA